UCAAUCAGAGCCGGGUCACGUGGGCUCCUAGGGGCUGUUGGUGGUAUGGAGGGGCGGGGGGGCGGAGAGGAGGGGUAGAGGAGACACAAGGCGCCGCCCGCCCCAGCGAAAGCGAUCGGACAUUCGCCGGACCCAGGCUCUGCUCCCAAUUCUGCAGGACGAUCAGCGAUGGAGAAUCCACAGAUGCCAACCCCGGAGGAAGCAUCAGGCCCGGGGCCGGCGGCGAUAACCAAUCCGGAUGCCCCGGCUCCCACCCCAGAGGCCAAGGGCGGGGCCGAGAAGCCCUUCUCGUGCCCGGGCUGUGGCCUGGGUUUCCGUCGGGCAUCCAACAUGGCGCGGCACCGGUGCCGGCGGGACGGGGAGCGUCCGUAUCCGUGCGGGGACUGCACCAGGGCCUUCAACUACCCAUCAGAGCUGGCCAUCCACCGGCGCAGCCACACCCGAGAGAGGCCCUUCAUCUGCUCGGCCUGCGGGAAGGGCUUCCUGUACUCAUCCAACCUGCUGACCCACCAGCGGGUCCACACGGGUGAGCGCCCAUUCGCCUGCCCGCUGUGCGGCAAGGGCUUCACCCGUUCCUCCAGCCUGGCGGCCCACCAGCGGGUCCAUUCAGACGAGCGCCCUUACCCAUGCGACGGCUGCGAGCGUCGCUUCAAGAGUGAGAAGGAGCUGAAGAUUCACCGGCGACUGCAUCAGGGCGAGCGGCCGUUCCCCUGCGGUGUCUGCGGCAAGGGCUUCACCCAGCUGGCAGUGUUGCUGGCACACCAAAGGGGCCACACGGGCGAGCGCCCCUUUGCCUGCUCGCUGUGCGGCAAGGCGUUUGCUCGCUCCUCCAGCCUGACGGCCCAUGCUGGUGUCCACUCCGACGUGCGGCCCUUCCCCUGCGAAAGCUGCCACAAGCGCUUCAAGAGCGCCAAGGAGCUUAAGGUGCACCGUCAGGUUCACUCCGAGGAGCGGCCCUACCCAUGUGGCGUCUGUGGUGAGCGUUUCCGCCAGGCUCGUAACCUCCAGGCUCACCGCCGUACCCACACCGGCGAGCGCCCCUUUGCCUGCUCCCUGUGCACCAAACGCUUUGCCCGCUCCUCCAGCCUGCUGGCUCACCAGCGGGUCCACUCUGACGACCGCCCCUUCCCCUGCCCGGACUGCCCCAAGCGC